CUAGUCAAGACAUUUCCCCGCUGCACCAUUAGGUAGCUUCUCUAGGGGUGUAAACCUGGUCAAAAAUCACAUUGAGUGUUUGUCUCCCCAGAUGAUAACGGCCAACUCCACCUAGCUCAUGGACUACCUGGGAACCCAAGUUGUACUCCCAGUCAAGGGCAUAAACUUCUCAACUUCCCAAGGUGGGGGCACAGGGCAUAUGAGAGGAGAGGUCUUGUGGUAGCAAGCAUGACUUGUCCCCUUUGCUAAGCAGGGUCUAUCCUGGUUUGCAUUUGAAUGGGAGAUGACCUGUGAGCACUGUAAGAUAUUCCCUUUAGGGGAUGGAGCCACUCUGGGCAGAGCACCUGCAUGCAAAGAGCACCAUUAGCUUUUCUCCUUGUUUAUACUACUUACGGUCAGAGAAUCAUAGAGUGAAAGAGCCCACAGAGGUAGCUGUGCCUCCUAAGAACUUGCUGAGUUGCUACAAGGACAACAUAGGACUGUGUUGUUCAGCUGACUGAUGAACUUGAGCAUGUGAGCUUGCUGAUGCUACCAGGCAGCUGGGAGGGGGGGAGGUAUUGCCUCCCCCAGGAAAUCCAGAGCGGGGCUUGAGCCCCUCCUCUGCCCCGAAGUCUAUGCCCUUGUCUCUGACAAAAACCACAGUGAGCGUUCGUCUCCCCAGAUGAUACGGACCACCCUAGCGGGCUUAUGGACUACCCAGGAACCCGAGUCGAACUCCAAACACUUCUCAUGGAGCAGGUGGCCUAUGUUGCAUCCAGCAGGAGAUAGCCUAGCAUUGCAGGGCUCUGAAAUGUAGUGUGUCCAAGGUAUAUAGGAGUAACCGCUGUGGAAAGGAGGAUUAAAAUGUCGAACAGGUAUCUGGGUCCUGAGAUGUUCAGAAAUGGAAAGGGAAGAGGGUUGCAGGAAGGAAGCCGGGCUGGGGGUGGGGAGAGAAAGACUAGUUAUCUUGAAUGCUUUUGUCUAAAUACUCAUUUUCUGGAGGUGUGUUGAUUUGAAAUUAGAGUGACUUCACUGCAUUGACCUACCCACUGGUGUUUAAUUAGCUGCCAAAUGGCUUGGCUUGCUUAAUGUUUGCUUUGGUGAUUGAAGCCCUGCUGGUUUGCACGCUCUGAUUCUGUAAUAAUGGCCAUCCGCUGAUCCAGAAAGGCGAGAGUGUUCCCUUUUUUUUGGGUGCAAAUUUCUAGACAGUUUCCGGCAUGAUUCACAAUGCGGUGACGAAGCAUUCUAGAUACCAAGCGUCCCAGCGGAUUGCAGUCUUUCUGAGCAUGCCGGACGAAGUCCAGACCAAGGAAAUCAUCAAAGACAUCUUUCAGCGAGGCAAAGAGUGUUUCAUUCCGCAGUACAAGCCCCAGAGCAGCCACAUGAACAUGGUGAAGCUUGCGUCCUAUGAAGAAAUUGCUUUGCUCCCCUUGACUUCCUGGAGCAUCCAUCAGCCCACUGAAGAUGAGGCGAGGGAAGAAGCUUUAUCGGAGGCAGGAGGGCUUGACCUCAUCCUGAUGCCAGGUCUGGGUUUUGACAGAACUGGCAACCGACUGGGAAGAGGAAAAGGGUACUACGACACAUAUCUUGAACGAUGUACCCAGCACCCCAAAGGAAAACCAUACACAAUUGCGCUAGCGUUUAAAGAACAAGUAUGCGAUGUGGUCCCCGUGACUGAAAAGGAUAUGAAAGUCGACGAAGUCCUCUUUGAAGGCAACGGACAGUGACUUGGAUACCUAGGAUAACUCUUUGAACACCAGCCAGUGACUUUCAUGAAUCCCUAGAACGUGUUCACACAUGUACAUACGGCACUGAGUCACUGUGAUAUCAAGGGGUAUGUUGCAUGUGAGAAUGUCACCUGGCAGAAGCUGAGAGGGGGAAAAGUAGGGCUGUGCACAAAAUUCACACGAACCCAUUCGAAUUUGAAUCGAUUUGAUUUGGAACCACUGAAUAGAGCAGAGAUUUGCAUGAAUUGAUUCGGAUUUGACUUUGGGUUAAUUUGAAUUAAUUCGAACAAAUCUCCAUUCUGUUCAAUGGUUCCAAAUCGAAUUGAUUCAAAUUUGAUUUGAAUUUGAGUCGAUUUGUGCUAAUUUCGUGCACAUCCGUAGAAAAAAGACAGCAAGGGCCUUCUCUGGACCUGCUGCUGUUGGGCUUUUCCUGAUCCAGAAUUGCCCCACACAGGGGUCUGAUCUUGCUUAUUGUCUUUUUCUCCCCUCCUCCCUUUUCCAUAAUCACAAUUAAAUUUUAAGCCAUUGUUGCAAA